CAAAAGUUUAGCGGUGCGUUGAUUUCAGUAUAUUAUUUAAGUGCAGAUUGAAUGAAUUCUAAAAUGCUUCGAAGAACAUUUCAUAAACUCUGCCUGCCAGGUGGCUUCGUGUCCGCUGGUUUAUUGCCAUUUACCGCCAACGAUCAUGAUCAGAUAAAAAUCGACACCAAAACCGUACAGAGUAUGUACGAGGAUGCACCGGGCGACAAACAAACCGGCAUGGAACGGCUAAACAUGAUGUUCAAAAUUGACGAAUUCGGACGUGUGUCGAGUGAACUCAAUUCCAUCUACCAGGCUGGGUUUCUUGGCUUCCUGUUCGGUGCAUGCUAUGGCGGUUUUGUGAACUCGCGCGUCGCUUACAUGAACUUCAUGGAACGAAACCAAGCCACGGCGUUUCAGUCCAGCUUUGAAGCAAAAAAGAAGCUUCAGGAUCAGGUGACCGUAAACUUCGCCAAAGGAGCGUUUCGAUGGGGCUGGCGGUUGGCCCUGUUCACCACAAGCUACGUCGGCAUCCAAACAGUCAUUUCCGUGUACCGGGGGAAAUCAUCCCUGUACGAGUAUCUGGCCGCCGGUGGCGUCACAGGCGCAAUGUACAAAUUCAGCAUGGGCCUCCGGGGCAUGGCUUCGGGUGGUUUGGUCGGGCUGGCUCUCGGUGGUGUGGCUGGUGGCCUUUCGCUCGGGAUAAUGCGUGCGACCGGUACUACAAUGGAGGAGGUUCGCUUCUGGCAGUACAAGUGGCAAACGAACCGCGACCAGGUGAUCAGGGACUCGAUGAAAACCCAAUCGGACGCCGAAGAGGAACCGUUACUAACGCACCACCACAACAAGUUUGGUACCACGAACAUCGAUCUGGAGGCAAUUGAAGCUGAAAAACGAAAAAUUCAACUCGCCGUAGAACGCGAAACGCUCAUGAGCAAACUCGAUCAGGAGGAACCGAUCCCAAAACAAAUAGAAAAACAUUAGCAAGCAAUUAAAACCAUGUUUAAUUUGUUUCGUUUCUUUCGAAAUACCAAACAAACUACGCGUGUAGUAGGAGUAGUACAGAAGUUUAUUUGAAACAGAACGAAUCAAGGGAUUGUUGUAAAAGAAGAAAUGACACAAAAAAUAGAACAAAUCAAGUGCAGUUUAACAAACAGGUCACAAUCGUCCUCCUUAACUUAUUGUCUUCAUGUCGGGUAGGGAUUUGGAUUUCAUUAGCUUCUUUUUGGCUUGCUGCUGUUCGUGCUUGAGUCGCAACUGAAGCAGGACCGCGGCACCGCAGGCGUCAGCUAGUCGGAUAUUGGUUGAAUUGACAGUAAGGGAAUAAAGGGGGAAAGACAAAAAAAAAACAGUUUAGUCUAGUAGUAGGAACCAGAUUAUUCUGCCAUCGGUAAAGGAUCUAUGAAAAUGGACGUAAAAAUCAAACGCGCGGUGUGUUGUACAUAGAAGAGAAAGUGGAAAAACAACAUCUUAGCAAGUGGCAUAUUAUUUUUGAACAAAUAUUGACAAGGACAUAUGGAAAAGUUUGAGAAAAUAACUCAUCACGGUUAUUAUCCGGUUUUAUUUACAGUAAAACAUAAUAACUGAAUCUAUCUACAAUAGAUAUUAAGGUUUCUUCUGCUAUGCAAAUUAAAGGAAGAAAUUGGGAACCUAAUCGGAUGAGAAUAUGACGAAUUGUUAGUAGUGGUGCUAAAACAUUAAAAAACAUAAACUAUUAAAAAUAGAACCCUAGAUAUCAUAAAUUACCGAAGAAGGGAUCGUGAACUAUUUCUAAUAGGUGUUUGGAAAUUAUAAAACGAGAUAUUGAAGAAAUUGAAUGAUGCGGAUAAGUUGGACGAGCGAUAUUUUUAAAUGACUGGACCUAAGGAGGAGGAAAGUCGUUCUUCAUUCACUCUUAAGUAUGUUUAAACAGAAAAGAAAAAUAAAGCGUUCACUACAACUUUGUGUACUCUAACGAAGCACCGUGUAAAGGAUAUUAAGUAACUUAUUUGCUUCUGGAUCCAUGGAACAUAGUGCCUCCGAACCACGGCACACUAGAUCGCUGGGAUUAUGAACAGAGAAACUUUGAUUGUUGAAAGGAAAAUACGGUCGAACUUGUUUCACAGACAGCCGUUAGAUGGUAGAAUGAAAGUUUUCUUAGUUCAUUCGUAAUUUGCGUUUGAUCACAAAGAAAAGCAAAAUACCCUGCUGAUGGCGGUCUUGGUAUGUAACGGUUAGUCCAGUAUUCGAAUUCAAUUUAUAUGUGUGUUCAGUGUACUCGAAUUGUUAUAAAUUUAACUAAAAACAGAAAACAAUCAACGA